AUGCCUUUGAUGGGAGUAGAAGAGUUUAAAGAUGUCACCGGAGAGGCAUUCACGUCGCAUGGCACAGAGGUGCGGCCGGCCUUUAUACCCACCGUUGCCAACUAUUCUAGGGUUGGUGCUGAACUUUACACAAAUGUGAAUCCUAAAAUCCAUGCGAGGGAUGCACUCGGGCGCAUCGCAAGUUACCGAGGUGAUGAGGGAAGUGAGGAGGGAGCGGAGGCUGCGGGGGAGAGGAGGGACCGGUCCAACCUCGUCACUAGGUACUCGCAGUGUCCCCGUUUACCUCCAGUUCAUGUUUAUAGUAUAAUCGUUUAG